UUCAAUCAAAAGAAUAGUGUCAAAACAGUUGGCAAAAUAUUUAUUUAGGUUUAAUAUAGUUUUUUUAACAAAGAAUGGCCACUGCGUUAUCGUAUGAAGACCUGCGAAAGCAGGCUAGGCAGCUAGAAAAUGAGAUAGACUUAAAAUUAGUUGCAUUUAGUAAACUAGGUGCUGGAAUUAAAACACCUAGUACUUCUCAUGCUGAUACCAUACCCCUACUUUCUGGAGAAGACACUUUUGAAGCAAUGUCUUUGGAAAUUGAAGAAUUAAUAAACAAGUUAACACAAAUAAAUGAGACACUCUCGGAGCAACCAGUUACUGGUGCUGCAAUGAUGCACACUUUGCAGAGACAUAAAGAUAUUUUGGCCGAUCUCUCUCGAGAUUUUAGGAAGACUAAUUCACUACGAGAAAGUCAACGGCAGAGGGAAGACCUUCUAAGAGGAACUGACAAUUUUAGAAGUGAUGGAGUUAAUAAUAGAAGAGAUAUAUAUCUUAAAGAAAACCAACAUAUACAUAACUCUGAUCGCCUAGUAAAUGACCAGAUAUCGAUAGCAAUGGAAACCAGAGAACAUUUAACAUCCCAAAGACAAACUUUAAAGAGACUUCAGACUAGAUUUAACGACAUUUCAAAUAAAUAUCCAGUAAUAAAUAGCUUAAUCCAAAGAAUAAACAUCAGAAAACGACGAGACUCAAUUAUCCUUGGCUUGAUAGUAUCUCUAUGUACGAUUUUGAUGUUAAUUUACAGUUUCAGCUAAAACUAAGCUUCAAAUCAAUUUAUAUCUUAUUUUUAACAUUUGUAAUUUUUGGUAUGUGAUAGGCUCAAAAAUAAUCGUUUAUUUAGAGAACAAUAUGUAUAUUUAAAAAAAUUUGUUAUAUAUUUAAUGUAAUAAAACAUAGCACC